AUGUCCGGAAAACUUAUUAAAGCAACACCUGUUCCGCAAACAAAUAAUACCAUCGAAACUACAGUUCAUUUCGAACCAACUCACAGAGACAAUAAUUUUGAUAUUGAUGCUAGACUUUUUUAUUGUGGUACAGCAUCACCAAUUGUUCUUAACGCUACAAGUCAUGGAGAAAAUCAAAUUGAUAUUUUUUCUCGUCAUUAUUACGGUGACCAGCAUGCUGAUCAAAGAUUCGACUUUUGA